AUGAGAAAGAUGGAAGAUACUUGCGGGCGCCCUGGAAGCUUUCAAGAUCAACCACGCGACGAAACGCAGAUGCUAAAGGAUGCUCCUAUCGACGAACUACAAGAGCUGAAGCUUCAAAAUCAAGAACUCCGGAACACCAACGAUUUCUUACGCAGUGAGCUCCGACGCGCCACCAACAAGAUCAAGGAGCACAUCGCCGGCGCAGAAGAUGUAGAAUCCUCUAAGCGCGAACUCGGGGAAAUCGUGGAAGAACGAAGCAAGUGUAUCGCAAAGUUGAAUCAAGACAAGCAUGACCUCAAAACAAAGUUGGAAUCUGCCCAGCGCCAAUACAGCAAAAUCAUUGAUUUGCAAGACAAAGGCAUCACGGAGUUGCUUCGAGAAAGGGUUGUCGCCACCAUGCGAAUCAAAGAUCUCGAACGGAACCAAACUCCAGACAGUGCCCUGAAGCGAAGCAGCACGACUGUUGCAGAAAACGAAGCUAAACGGCUAAAAAGAGAACAAACUCUCGAGGCCACGAAGAGAGCGGAAGCGGAACAGAGCGAAGUUGUCCCCUACUGUCCCCAACCGGUGACUCCAACUAUUACAGCAGAAGUGAAAGAGGAACAUAGCGACUCCUAUAUGACCUCAGACGAUGAACAGCCGAGUGUGCCUGGCUUGCCACUUGUGGAAUAUUGCCUCAGCGGCGAUGUGGCCACGCAGCUCACUGAAAUCAUGAAGAACCCCAAGAGAAAGAGACGCUUGGAAUCUUUCCUGGAACAUGGAAGAAAGGACACGUGGUUCUGCGCCCACAAGGUACUCCGCAAGGGGGAGAAGGCCUCAACACCUGUGCUCCCGAAGGAAGCAUGCCCCAGCCAGAAUUGCAAACAGAACUUCCGGGUCAUGGUCGUGAAUAGUGAUUCAGGAGUCAAACUGUUCACCGCUCCUUACACACGAAUGGAUUGA